CCCGAGCAAUAUGGCGGCGCCCAUCAGUUGUGUUCCGACUGCGAGCGGGUUGGAGGGAAUGGGGCGCGGUGUUUGGCUUCUCCUUCUGCUUCUGUCCUGGGUGCGGUGUGAGAGGCCCUGGGACUCGUCCGGAUACAUCCUCUACUGCCCCUGUAUGGGGCGCUUUGGGAAUCAAGCGGAUCAUUUCUUGGGAUCCUUGGCAUUUGCUAAGAUGGUAAAUCGUACCCUUGUGGUUCCACCGUGGAUUGUUUACAAUCACCAUAGGCCACCAUACACUAAUGUGCAUGUCCCGUAUGAGGAAUUCUUUCAGCUGGAGCCCCUGCGCCAGUUUCAUCAUGUGAUUAGCAUGGAGCAGUUUAUGGAGCAAUUGGCCUCAGUCUUGUGGCCUCCCAGUAGGCGCGUGGCGUAUUGUUUCACAGCCGCUGCCCAGAGGAGCCCCGAUAAGAAGAGUUGCCCGAUGAAGGAUGGAAACCCAUUUGGUCCAUUCUGGGAUCACUUUCAUGUGAAUUUCAUUCAGUCCGAGCUCUUUGAUGGCAUUACCUUCAGUGCUUAUUAUAAAGAUGUGUGGAAUAGCAGGUUCCCCCCAUCCCAGCACCCAGUCAUUGCUCUCCCAGGGGCCCCGGCACAGUUCCCAGUUCUGGAGGAGCACCGAUCCCUGCAGAGAUACGUAGUGUGGUCUGAGAAGAUUGUUCGUGCCGGAGAGGAGCAGAUCCAAUCACUGCUUGUAAGGCCCUACGUGGGAGUCCAUCUGAGGAUUGGCUCUGAUUGGAAAAAUGCUUGUAAAAUGCUGAAGGACGGAACGGCCGGUUCCCAUUUCAUGGCCUCUCCGCAGUGCGUGGGGUACGACAAGUACAGAGCGGCCCCCCUCACUAUGGAGAUGUGCCUCCCUGAUCUCAAGGAGAUGAGACGAGCGCUCACGCUUUGGGUGGAGAGGUCUAAAGCCAGAUCCGUGUACAUUGCCACCGACUCCACCUCGCACACGGAGGAGAUCCAGGCCUUCUUGGGAGACAAGGUGAGAGUGGUGUGUCUCCAGCCGGAGGUGGCGCAGAUGGAUUUGUACAUCCUGGGCCAGGCCGACCAUUUCAUUGGCAACUGUGUCUCCUCUUUCACUGCGUUUGUUAAGCGGGAGCGAGAUGUUCAUGGAAGACCAUCCUCAUUCUUUGGCAUGGAUUCCCCCGGGGCGGUGCAGGAUGAGCUGUGAGACACAGGCCAGUAUGGUGUAGGGGCAAGUGAUGGCAAGCGGAUGGCUAAUGUUUGCCUGUUGGGCUCAGGACAAGCUUAUUCCCAUACAGUAUGACCCAAGUUCCUGGGCUUUGGCCAGCCCAUUCCCUAUGCAGUGGUGCCAAUAGAGACUCCAUGAUACCAGACCUGUUGGGAAACGGGAGAGGACUUUUCGGCAGGUAUCCGAGCAACGCACAAGGCUGUCUGAAAACACCUCAUUUAGCCACACCCUUUUAUUAUUAAUUUUAUAUCUUUACAAAUUUACACUUUUCAGUAAUAAAAGAGUUAAUGAUGG